GAAAAAUGAUCACAAAGGUACUAAAGGUUUACCAAUGUACCUCCCAGACCCCCGGUCUAAACUCUCUUCCCGAUGUUAAACCCUUAGUACUUUUGUCAUUAUUUUUCAGGAAGAGCUUCUUUUCCUCACAAGUAUUUCAUAUCUUCCCAAUUCCCUGUUACGGUCCUCCUUGAAAAAUGAUCACAAAAGUAUGUAAUUCUUUGACUGAAACCACCCCGGGGAAGCUUUACAGAUGCGUUUAUCAGGUAAUAUCAAGGCGUCUAAAAUUUGUCCAUACCAUCCACCCUUAUAAGCUUGAAGCACACUUGUCCGGACGGAAUCGAUUUAUGUGUUAUACUCAUUACCGAAUUGAUGGUUUAAUUCACUCCUUGUUGUACAUUAUUUUAUUAUUCACUUCGAUUCUCAGCUCUACAAUUAAUUCUUCAAAUGCAACCCUACACAAAAUGUCAUGAUGUGGUUAUCACUUUCUUAUCAAGAAAUCUAGAAGUUUGGAAUUAGUUUUCUCAUUACAUCUACAUAGGUAUACCCAUAAUACAUUCUUAAAUGUAAUUAUGGCGAAUUUCCACCACUACAACUCCUAUUUUACGUACUUAUGCAUUGAUCUGUUUCUAUUACGCCUAGAAAAUUUUACGAGUUUAUCAAUCAACUCAUCAACCCUUUAAUUGACUCGUCGUAACUACUCUUAUUAUGCCUUUUAAUCCUUUAAUCGGUUAAUCCACACCGUGUUUAAGGUUUAGAUUUUCUACCCCUAUUACAUCUGACCAAAGACUACAUGCACUCACUUACCUAUGCAGAUAGAUACAGAACCUCUGAUUUAAAAUUGAUUUCUUAACCAUCUUUACUCUGCAUCUUACCAUACAUUAAUGGGUUAGUCAGUCCGUUUUACGUUUAAAAUUAAAUAUUCCAUUAAAACUUUUAAUACAUUCACUAUCAUAGGAUCUCAGAUUUCCCCAUUACAACUAUCACUAUUAUCUUAUAUUGCAAAUACAACAUAAAAACAUUUCAAUUAAUUAAAAACCUAGACAAUUUUCCAUUAAGAUCGUAACUCGGUUCUAUAAACACUUACCUACACAUAAUCAUCAGUAAAUAUAAUUACAUGCAUAAAAAAAUACAAAAACAAAAAGUUUACGAUUACCUAUAGUCACGCAAUAGAUAGAAGCGGUAAAUGAGAAUAAAAACAGCAUCCCACUUCCUCCGUUAAAAUUAUUUAAACAAAAUUAGGUGAACCAUUCGGCAAUGUCGCGCAGAAGCGCACAAUUACUUGUUACCUACUCUACCUAUUGUUUGAUAUUUCCUGAUGCGCGCUUCUAAAGACUUUUCAUAUUAUUGUUCGAGGGAAAACAAGCAGUUAAAUGGUUUUCAUACCGAUCACUGAAAAGGAAAGAUACAACUUUUGGACGAACAGCUCGGACAAUUUUAUACCAGGAUACACCGGCCAUUGCCCGACCUUACGAUUCCAGUAUGGCAAACCCUACGGGACGGAGACCAAGGAAAUCUUGCACGAUCUUCGCGACAAAGAGAUCUUCAACGAGGUCCAGCGGCAUCGCUACCGCGAGGACGAUGCCCGAAAAAUUGCAUUAGUACCAAUUUCCCGUGCCAAAGAUCAAGCGAAAGAUUACGCUUUAGACCCUCUCAACCGUUCCCCAAAGUACAUUUUAGGCUACACAGGUUUCAUUCCCACUCUCAACUUCCGCUAUGGAAAAUCUUUCGGGCGAACUGCAGAUGACAGCAUGGCGGAUUUUACAGAUAGUCAGAGUCGUCUCCGUGAAAAACGUGCAGAGAUGCAGAGCCUUUUCCGCACCCAAAGCGCGCCCCGGAUGGUUUCGAUCCGUAAUAGAGACGAAGUCACUCGAAGUUUAACUAACUACGAGACUCUGGCUUCUUUGUUUUCAGGAAGGGAAAUAUCACCCGAUCAUCCCCCGAUCGCCGGAUAUACGGGACAUAUACCGAGAGUUAAGGGUACCGAGGCGUCACUUUCUAAACGUUACAACACCGUCGUCAAACGCGGAUUGGCGCUGCUACGCGAAGAACGACUAAAAAAGGAGGAACUGCUGAAAACUAGCUACAAAAUAAAUGAAAUAAUUAGUGAGGGUAAACCAAGGUAUACGUACGUUUAGCAAUUACAAUUGAUUAUGGCAGUUGUAUUUUUAUUUAUUUUCAUAUUUCAUGGUAUAACGUGAAGUGUGUUAAAUAUUUGCAGCGAUACGUGCCGAAUGCCGCUGAUAGUUGAUUUAUUAACAGUAGGUCAUUAGGGCAUGCUUCCUUGAAGAUAUAAGGACGAUAAAAUGUAACUGUAAUUUUUUAGCGGAAUAAAGCAGUAUUUUCAGAGUACGUCUGCGCAUUGUAAAAUGGAUUUUAGCAACACUAACUGCAAUUGUGGAGUGCGGAAAAGAAUACCUGGAAAUUGGAAUGGAUCUUGGAGAAAUAAUAAAAAAGGAUAAAUUAGCAACGGCAGGAAGAAAUUAAGAUAUGGAUUCUUAAACAAUUUUUCUUGUUGUUUUAUUUACCGCAAACAUGUUGCUGUUAGCAGCAACUGAUACCUCUUUUAUUCGGUGUAUAUUUUUCAUCACCUUCGGUGAUUGGGUACAGACUCUGACACGUGAUCUUGCUUAAAUGCUUUAAGUAAGCGGUAGUUAUUGCU